AGCUAGGCGGGCCUGUAUGUUGCUUUACUAUUUUAACUACGACACAUUUAUUAACCCCGAAUAUGUUGGACGUCAUCGGGUCGGCCCAGGGGAGCCGAAGUGUCUCGCGCAAGGUGAACGUCACAGAAUCUCUCUGUCUUCAGACUCAUUCCUUCGUUGGUUUGUUUAAAAUAAUGGCUUCAAGCCUUGGACGACGCGCUUUUCUUAACCUCUCUCGCUCGAAUGUCCCAGUGGCGGGUCGGAAUGUGGGUAGGAGGAUGAUGAGCAGUAGUGCGGAGCACUCAUACAAGUCGAAGAGCGAUUUGCCAUGGCAGAUUGGUUCCGCCUUGAUCUUCGGUCCUGCUCUAGUCUACUUGCUCUCUCCGACAGGCAAGGAAAAGGCCGCACAUGCCAGUGCUGAUCACAAGAGGGCCGCACAUGAACAUAAGCCUGAGCCCGUGAAGGUGCCAGCAGCAGAGAAUGUCUCGACCACUGAGGAGAAGACUUCGGGCGAUUCUGGAUCCAUCACCGAUUCCGAGGGAACAACCGUUUCUGCUUCUGAAGUGGAUGCAUCUAUCGUUCAAGCCUUCACGGAAGAUUCCCCUGCUGAUGCCCAGAAGGCUGAAGAAGACCAGGCAAAGUCCCAUAAGACCGGAGCUGGUGUCCCUACUGGUGAAAGCCCCGAAACUUCAUCUGCGGAAGUGAAGGAGAAGCCUCCUACCCAAGACCACCCUGGUACUCUCCAAGGUGAAGAAAAUGCUGGCGGAGCGGACUUGGGCGAGGCUCGCUCCAGAGCUAAGUCCGGACAAGUUCCCAAGCAAGCCGCGAAGGACCAAUGAUCGUUACAGUGAACAACGCAUAUCCUUGUUGUAACAUUGCGUUGUCGUUACUUGUCCAAUGUUAACCCAGUGCUUUGAUUGUCGCGUCGUUAGCUCGCUUGAUCGUGAAUUGAUAUGUCAAACGGUAGUGAGAAUGAAAUACGACAUUUGAGGCGAGAAUGACCCUCGAGCGGUCUUAUUUCUCCGUCGUAAGCAUGAGCG